CUGCCACAUAUGCCUCAUAUAAGUGAAUGCCUGAUGAAGAGAAGCUUGAAACCCACUGAUCUCAGAGACAUGACUAUCGGGCAGCUACAAGUGAUAGUCAAUGAUCUCCACUCACAGAUAGAAAGCUUGAACGAGGAGCUGGUACAGCUGCUGCUCAUCCGGGACGAGCUGCACACGGAGCAGGACGCCAUGCUGGUGGACAUCGAGGACCUGACCAGACACGCUGAAAGUCAGCAGAAGCACAUGGCAGAGAAGAUGCCAGCGAAGUGA